CACAUUGUUGAGCAAUUUAAAAACUCAAGCACCCACGAAUGUUUUUGCUCUUGAAAUGUUAGUGUUAGUAGAUUGUUAGUCUGACUGACAGGCAGGACAACCCCAUAAAUGCUUGCAAAUCAGCCAUGCCAGGAGAAUCCACAGAGACAGUUUCCAUUAUGGAACAGGACUUGCAACAGCCUCAGGCCGAGACAGGGUCGGCAACAGAUUCAGACAGUGACGAGUCUGUCCCAGAGUUGGAGGAGCAGGAUUCAGCCCAGGCACAAACGCAUCAAGCUCAGCUUGCUGCCGCUGCUGAGAUCGACGAGGAGCCAGUCAGCAAAGCAAAACAGAGCAGAAGUGAAAAGAAAGCAAGAAAGGCCAUGUCCAAGCUGGGUCUGCGUCAGGUAGCAGGAGUGACGAGGGUCACCAUCAGGAAGUCUAAGAACAUCCUGUUUGUCAUCCCCAAGCCAGACGUCUACAAGAGCCCAGCAUCUGACACGUACAUUGUAUUUGGUGAAGCCAAGAUUGAGGACCUUUCACAACAAGCUCAGUUAGCAGCUGCAGAGAAGUUUAAGGUUCAGGGAGAGGCAGUGUCCAGUAUCCAGGAGAACACACAAACGCCAACAGUGCAGGAGGAGAGUGAAGAAGAGGAGGUGGAUGAUACUGGCGUGGAGGUCAAGGACAUUGAACUGGUAAUGUCACAAGCCAAUGUGUCCCGAGUGAAGGCGAUCCGCGCACUAAAGAACAACAACAAUGACAUUGUCAAUGCCAUCAUGGAAUUGACCAUGUAGACACCAAAGAGCUUGGAGGAAGCAUCAGAACGAACGAACGAACAACAUUAUUAGCCUAAAUUAUUUGAAGGAAAUAAAGUGGUGCAUUACAGAAAUGGUUUCUAUUUACUGUGUAUAUUUAGGAUUAACGCUAAAGGUAAUAAAUGUGUUUUCCUUGUU